AUGUCAUCCACCUCCACGACACCAAUGGAAGAUACGAUCCGCGAAAAGAUAACAGCCGCCUUCUCCCCCUCAACCCUCAUAAUCCGCAAUGACUCGCACCUGCACGCGCACCACGCCCCGAUGCAAGGCGUAACUUCGAAAGAGACGCAUUUCCAUGUCACGAUCACAUCCUCCGCUUUCCAGUCGAAGAUGCAGCCUGCGCGGCAUCGGAUGGUCUACUCUCUGCUUAAGGAUGAGAUGAGCCGGGAGGGCGGAAUCCAUGCUUUGCAGUUGCGGACGAGGACGCCAGAGGAGGAGGAGCGGGAGAAGGCUAGACAGUCGCAGGCUUAG